UAUUUCAACGUCACGUUCCCCGGAGAGUAUGUCGCACAGGUCGAGAUCAACAGGCCGGAGAAGAUGAAUGCCUUCAACGAAACUAUGUGGAAGGGUAUUGGCCACAUCUUUGAACGCCUAUCCCACGACCAAGACGUACGCUGCGUGAUCUUGACCAGCGCAGGCGACAAGGCCUUCUCGGCAGGUCUCGACGUGCAAUCGGCAUCGGAGAGCGGAGUCUUGUCAGGGAACAGUGGACUCGAUGCUGCAAGAGUAGCACAGCGCCUUCGCCACCACAUUGACGAGUUCCAAGCAAGCAUCAGCCAGAUUGAGAAAUGCGAGAAGCGUGAGUCGCACCAUACCGUCCAGCCNGUGAUCGCUGUGCUACAUGGAGUCUCGUUUGGCCUGGCACUAGACAUGACCCUCUGCGCCGACAUUCGCAUCUGCGUGUCUACCACCCGAUUUGCAGUCAAGGAAGUCGACAUCGGACUUGCAGCAGACAUUGGCACUCUGUCUCGUCUGCCCAAAGCCAACGUUCCCAUGUCAUUCAUCAAAGACGUUGCUCUGACAGCAAGAAUAUUCACUGCAAAGGAGGCUCUUACUGUUGGAAUUGUGUCUGCUGUCUUUGACACCAAGGCCGAGGCUCUGGCAGCAGCAGUCGAGAAAGCGAAGCUGAUUACCAGCAAAAGUCCAGUGGCUGUCAUGGGCACGAAAGAAGUCUUGAACUACUCGAGGGACCACUCGGUGCAGGAUGGCUUGAGAUAUGUGUCAGUCUGGAACGCAGCAUAUUGCAAUACUUCAGACGUGACCGACUCGUUGACAGCAGGCAUAAAGAAAACGAAGCCUGUGUAUGCGAAGCUCUAA